AUGCUUGACAGUAUUGACACCCCCUUUGAUGAAUGUGUCGAGUUCCUCUGCCAGAGAGUCACACUCGACCCACACUUCACCGAAUUUUACAACUGGGCCAAGAACAACAACGUCCCUAUUGUGGUGCUGUCGUCUGGCAUGGUCCCUAUCAUCCACGCUCUCUUGGUGAAGCUCCUCGGACACGAGCCCGAGAACAUCCAGAUCGUUGCCAACCAGGUUGCCAGUAGAAACGGAAAGGAUAUCAACUCCAAGGGAGGAUGGCAGAUUGACUUCCAUGAUGAUAGCCACUUUGGCCAUGACAAGUCCCUUGAGAUUCGUCCUUACGCUGCAAUCCCCAAGUCUGACCGCCCGAUCCUCCUCUAUGCCGGAGAUGGGGUAUCCGACAUCUCUGCUGCCCGCCAGACAGACCUGCUCUUCGCCAAAAAGGGCCACGACCUAACUAUUAUCUGCAAACGUGAUAAUAUCCCAUACACCACUUUUGAGGAUUGGUCUUCCAUCCUCUCCACCACCAGAGAUCUCCUCGAGGGCAAGACGACUCUAGAUGUUGUUAUCGCUGCACAGAAGCAAGAUAACAACUAG